CUGAGUUUGGAUGCUCAGCCUCUGGAGUCAGACGGGGAACAGGGACACUUCCCAGAGGAUAUUUGGACCGUUAGCAUAGAGGCUCACUGGAGUUGCCUCUUUUCCCCGACUGCAGAUGAAGCCUCGGUCUAGCAGGAUCCUGCCUUCAGCUUUCUGUGCGUGUUGUGAAACGCAGUGUUUAGGAGGAAGUAAUCUGCAGCAGGAAGAGGAAAAGAACAGAAGACUCUGAAAUAAAUCUGCUGCCCAAAAGCAUGUAUGCUACCUCUUGGUGAGCAGAGUUGGGAGUAACGUCAGGCUACGGCAGGACAGCCACGCAGGAGGAGGUCUUCCAGGGUGAUUGUGAAAAAAGCCUUAAAACCCCCCCGAUGUUUAAUGAGUCUUCCAACAUGAAAUUAAGCAUGAACAAUCAAAAAGACGUCAAAACGUUUCAAAUCUUAUGGGCAAUUUUGAUAUUUGGUCUUGUUGCCCUGAUGGCUGUUUACUUCAUGAGAGUGGACAGCAUAGUUGAUCCUAAAGGAGGAGCAGCAUUUGGCAGCGUUUAUGAAGCAAUGGAGGAGGAAGAAGGACUCUACAGAGAUCUCCCAGGAACCACAGCCACAAUAGUUGAGGAGGACACCAGCAGGUCCAAUGAUUCCUGCAGCUUUGAACUUGUGGAAAACGUUCCUUAUGACUUAGCUUUUGAGAUAAAUAGCACUGCAGCCAAACCAUUGUACCAAGCCUGGAUGAGACUCCUUGAUAUAGCCCAGGAAAAAAUUCAUGUGGCUUCCUACUAUUGGUCUCUUACUGGGAAGGAUAUCAGCGUCAAUGAUUCAUCUUCCAAGCAGGGUGAAGAUAUUCUGAAGAGGUUUGAGAGAUUACUUGCAGAGAACGUCUCUGUGUUUGUUGCAGCAAGUAUACCAACUUUGGCUACAAAUUCAACUGACCUUGAGCUUUUAGAGGAAAAAGGGGCUCAUGUAAAAAAGAUUGAUUUUGAACAUUUGACAGGAGGAGUGUUGCAUAGCAAAUUCUGGAUUGUAGACAUGAAACACAUAUAUAUUGGUAGUGCAAAUAUGGACUGGAGAUCUUUAUCUCAGGUGAAAGAGUUUGGUGCUGUGAUAUACAACUGCAGCUGCUUAGCCAAAGACCUCUGGAAAACAUUUAGUACUUACUGGGAUCUUGGACAUGCUAAUGCUACCAUCCCAUCCCCUUGGCCCCUUAAUUAUUCUACCCACAUUAACAAGCACCAUCCUCUGGAAGUAGAAUUUAAUGGAAUCCUGACAAAAGCCUAUUUUUCUGCUUCUCCUCCAGCAUUCUGUCCAAAAGGUCGCACCCACGACCUCUUAGCUAUAAUCGGUAUUAUUGGUGAGGCACAGGAAUUUGUCUAUGUUUCUGUUAUGGAAUAUUUCCCUACCAGCCGUUUCAUUCAUCCGGAAAGAUACUGGCCAGCCAUCGACGAUGCUCUGAGACGUGCAGCUUUCAACUACAGGAUACAAAUCCGGCUCCUGGUCAGCUGCUGGACCCAUUCUGACCCAGCCAUGCUCUACUAUUUGAGGUCCCUACGUGCUCUCAACAACCCACAUGCCCACAUCAGUGUUGACGUGAAACUCUUCAUUGUUCCAGUUCUGAAUCACACAAAUAUUCCUCAUGCGAGAGUGAAUCACAAUAAAUAUAUGGUCACUGACAAAGUAGCCUAUAUUGGGACUUCUAAUUGGUCAGAAGAUUACUUCAUUAAUACAGCUGGCGUGGGAUUAAUUAUCAAACAAAAUUUGACCAACCUGCAAAGAAGACAACUGCCUAUCCAGGAACAAUUAAAAAACCUUUUUGAGCGAGACUGGAAUUCUGAAUACGCAGUAAAUCUGGAAGAUGUGCAGGGACAGAAAGACUGUAACUGGAAGGGCAGAUUCUAAGAAAAUGUUGCUGGUUUGGAUCUUGAGCGUGGAUGCUGUCCUCUGAUCAGCUCAUCUCAUGUACCUUUGUUAGGAUGGAGUACAACUGAAGUCCUGCUUUACCUGGGUGUUUUCCAUGCAGAGCUGCAGCAGCCUGGGUUUGGUGCAGUGCCUGGCAGCCACCGCGCUGCUGACAGCAAUGCUGACGACAGCCAGACAGAACCUCGCUGGCUUCAUAGGUUUAUGAAUUCAGAAAGGACUACAAGGUCACCUGGCUGCACACCAGUUUGUUCCAAAAACUUCAGUGUUAUCUAUUUUUGAUUGUUUUCUCCCAUUACCUAGGAUUUUCCUUUCCCAGUUGUUCCAGUUAAAUCAUGUCUUUUUGUCAUCCAGGUACUCAAAAAACUUUUCAUCUACCAUUUAUGCCAUUAAUUUUUUGACAGUCAUAAAUAACUCUAUAAUCCCUGGAAGACAGCUCUUCUUUCAUGGGCACUGACUCACAGACCUCAGCUCUCUCUGCAGCUUCUUGAGGCUGGGAAGUUGGGAGGGAGGUGCUGAGCUCUUCUCCCUGGGACCCAGUGAUAGGACACAUGGGAAAGUUCAAAGCUGCAUUGGGGGAGGUUCAGGCUUAACAUUAGAAAGCAUUUAUUAAAUGGUCAAACACUACAACAGGUUCCUUUGAGAGGCAGUGUCAAUGCCCUAAGCCUGUCAGUGUUUAAAAGACAUUUGGACAACACCCUUAAUAACAUGCUUCACAAAAUUACCAACCAAGAAAUAUGUAUUCAUGUCUUAAUGCAAGAAAUUACUGCAAUGGGAAUGUCUCUAUAUCAGGAUCACAGAAUCACAGAAUGUUAGGGAUUGGAAGGGACCUCGAAAGAUCAUCUAGUCCAAUCCCCCUGCCAGAGCAGGAACACCUAGAUCAGGUUACACAGGAAGGCGUCCAGGCAGGUCUUGAAUGCCUCCAGAGUAGGAGACUCCACAACCUCCCUGGGCAGCCUGUUCAGUGUUCUGUCACCCUCACUGAGAAGAAGUUUCUUUUCAAAUUUAAGUGGAACCUUUUGUGUUCAAGUUUGUACCCAUUACCCCUUGUCCUAUCAUUGGUUGUCACCAAGAAGAGCCUGGCUCCAUCCUCAUGACACUCACCCUUUAUAUAUCUGUAAACAUUAACAAGGUCACCCCUCAGUCUCCUCUUUUCCAAGCUAAAGAGACCCAGCUCCCUCAGCCUUUCGUCACACGGGAGAUGCUCCACUCCCUUAAUCAUCUUUGUUGCCCUGCGCUGGACUCUCUCCAGCAGUUCCCUGUCCUUCUGGAACUGAGGGGCCCAGAACUGGACACAACAUUCCAGAUGUGGUCUCACCAGGGCAGAGUAGAGGGGAAGGAGAACCUCUCUCGACCUACUAACCACCCACCUUCUAAUACACCCCAGGAUGCCAUUGGCCUUCCUGGUCACAAGGGCCCAGUGCUGGCUCACGGUCAUCCUGAUGUCCACCAGGACCCCCAGGUCCCUUUCCCCUAUGCUGCUCUCUAAUAGGCCAUUCCCCAACUUAUACUGGAACCUGGGUUUGUUCCUACCCAGAUGUAAGACUCUAUACUUUCCCUUGUUAUAUUUCAUUAAAUUUUUCCCUGCCCAGCUCUCCAGCCUGUCCAGGUCUCACUGGAUGGCGGCACAGCCUUCUGGUGUAUCAGCCACUUCUCCCAGCUUGGUGUCAUCAGCAAACUUGCUGAUAGUACACUCUAUUCCCUCAUCCAAAUAAUUGAUGAAUAUAUUGAAUAAUAUAGGCCCCAGUACUGACCCUUGAGGCACUCCACUAGACACAGGCCUCCAACUGGACUCUGCCCCAUUGACCAUGACUCUCUGGCUUCUUCCCUUCAGCCAGUUCGCAGUCCACCUCAUUAUCCGAUCAUCCAGAUCACACUCCCUCAGUUUAGCUGUGAGGAUGCUGUGGGAGACUGUGUCAAAUGCCUUACUCAAGUCAAGGUAGACCACGUCCACCGCUCUGCCAUCAUCCAUCCAUCUUGUCAUGUCCUCAUGAAAGUCAAUGAUGUUGGUCAAGCACGACUUCCCUUUGGUGAAGCCAUGUUGACUGCCCCUAAUGACCCUCUUAUCCUUCAUAUGACUUGAGAUGGCACCAAGGAUAAGUCGUUCCAUCAGUUUCCCAGGGGUGGAGGUGGGUCUGACUGGUCGGUAGUUACCUGGGUCUUCCUUCUUGCCCUUUUUGAAGACUGGAGUGACAUUUGCUUUCCUCCAGUCCUCAGGCACCUCUCCUGUUUCCCAAGACUUGGCAAAGAUGAUGGAGAGUAGUCCAGCAAUGACCUCAGCUCCCUCAGCACCCACGGGUGCAUCUCAUCCGGACCCAUGGAUUUAUGGAUGUCCAGAUUGCCUAACUGCUCCCUAACCCAGUCCUCAUCAACCGAGGCAAACUCCUCCAUUGUCCCGACUUCCUCUGUGGCCUCAGCAGUACGGGGCUCCUCAAGACAGCCUCCAGCAGAGCAGACAGAGACAAAGAAGGCAUUCCGUAACUCUGCCUUCUCUGUAUCUUCUGUCACCAGGGCACCCACCUCAUUCAUCAGUAGGCCUACAUUGCCUCUGGUGUUAGUUUUAUCUGCCACGUAUUUGAAAAAGCUCUUCCUGUUGUCCUUGACCCUUCUCGCCAGGUUUAAUUCUAAGGAGGCCUUAGCUUUCCUAGUUGCUUCCCUACAGCCUCUGACAACAGCCUUAUAUUGUUCUCAAGUGGCCAGUCUCUCCUUCCAUGAUCUGUAAACUCUUCCACUUGAGCAUACCCAGCAGCUCCCUGUUGAACCACACAGGUCUCCUGGCUCCCUUCCUUGACUUCCUACGUGUCGGGAUGCUCUGAUCUUGUGCCUGGCAGAAACAGUCCCUGAACAUUAACCAUCUGUCUUGGGCCCCUUUACCUCCAAGCAGCCUUGCCCAUGGGAUUUCCCUUAGCAAUUGCCUGAAAAGGCCAAAGUUUGCCUUGCUGAAAUCCAGGGUUGCAAUUCUGCUUGCUAUCCUGCUCCUGCCACAUGAGAUCCUGAAUUCCACCAUCUCAUGGUCGCUGCAGCCAAGGCAGCCCUUGACCUUUACCACUUCAACCAGACCUUCCUUGUUAGUGAGGAUGAGGUCCAGCAAUGCACCUCUUCUAGUCAGCUCCUCCACCAUUUGCAUAAGAAGGUUAUCGUCAAGGCACUGAAGGAACCUCCUAGACUGUGACUGGCUGGCUGAGUAGCCCUUCCAGCGAACAUCAGGGAAGUUAAAAUCCCCCAUCACAAACAGGGCCUGUAACUGUGAGACUGCUCUCAGCUGUCUGUAGAAGGCCUCAUCAACUCACCCUGAUCUGGUGGCCUGUAACAGACGCUCUUUUUAGUGCAUUUAUACCUUCUUUUGCAUGCCAAAUCACAGUUGUAGGUUUGUUUGACUGGAAACUGCACAUAGAUGUUUAACUGAACAUCCCACUUUUUCAGAAGUUAAAAUAUAAGUAGCAGCAAUCAAGAGAAGCUACCGCAGUUAAAGGAACAACCGAUGGGGUCAGAAUCACCCUGUUGACAAAAUGUCUAUGUUCUGCAGGUUUGUGUCUGUGCUCCUUGCACCCUUUUGAGCUCUGUUCUCAGCUGUUGUUGUGGUCAGACCCUUGAGUAUUACCUUGUCAACCUGGUUGCUUUUCUGCUAAUCUUCAUUUUUUUCUGAAGCUGACAGUAGCCUAUUUGGAAGAAGAUUGUAUUGCUGCUUCUUUCCUCUACUGAUCUUCCUUUAACUGUUUCAUUCAUCUUUUAAAAACUUUGUAGUGAUUAUUUCUUUGUGGUCAUUACUGUCUCAGACAUCAGUAUUAAUUUACUUGAUUCUGUCAUAUUUGCAACAGACUCCUAAAUUCACUGCUGUCCAGGCAGAUUCCUUUUUGUGGGUUUAAGCAAAUGGACAUUACCCAAGAAACAUUUUAUGUGAAAGCUGCUUUGCAGGCAGGUGUGAUCUGCUGUUUGAAUGGGAUGUCCUUUAUUACAUGCAUUAUCGCUUUCUAGACUCAAUUUUUUUUGUCUUGAUCACAACGUUUUCCUCAGUCCUGGUACGUGCUGUUGCUGUCUGAUGUGGUAAUUUGGGGUCUAUCAAACAAUGACUUUUACACUUAGGGAAACUGCAGGGAAAUGUUACAUGAUCCAAAUAAAUGAUACGUGCCUAACACUUGUGUGAACAGUCUCUUCGGGGAUAAUUAGAGCUCUCUUUAGAAUAACUGCCAGCAGUUGUCUUUAGAAUGUUUAAGCCUAUCAUGAAGAUAUAGAAAUGAAGAACGUCUCAGGCUACAGACAGUACAGUACACAGUACAGUACAGUACAGUACAGGCUACAGUACACUUCCUUUACUACCCAGUUUCUGAAGGUUUCACUGUGUCUGCUUUCCUUGUGCUAAGUAGAAUAUGGAGAAAGAAAACAGAGGAUGAGAAAACUACUGUAACGAAGCAUGUCUGCAUAUACAAAUCUAUAAAACUCAGGAUUGUAAUGAGUGGAAAUUCUCCAUUACCACCGUAUUUAGAAACUGUGCUGUCAUUAAGCAGCCGCUUCAGUAGUUAGUGGGGUAUACUCAAGCCUUUUGCAAAUGUAAGCUGGGAUUUUCAGAAUCAGAAAAUACUAACAGCACUAUCAGUAACUCACGCUACUCCAGUUAUUAUUCCUAUGGUGAGUUUAUUGUGAAUUAAGAAUACAGACAGUGUUCUAACGAUACAUGUGAAGGCUGUCACAUAUGCACUCUGGUUUUCGUUGUGCACUUGAGAGAAGCACUAAUAUAAACAAAGAAGCAAAUAAUUAUGUACAUCUCCUUUUCCAGAAAAUCUUUGAAGCAAUUCCACCAGUGUGGCAGAUCAUUUUGUGCAUUUAACUAUCCAGUAAAUAUAUACAUUAAAAUUUAUUUAUCCACAUUUUCAUAAUUAUUCUUCAUCAUCACGUUUUAUUUUAGUAUCUUAAAAAUGUGAAUUAGUUAUAUAGGUUUUGGUCUUGAAGUUAUUCUCUUGUGUUUUUUGUUUGUUUGUUUAAUUCUUUUAAGGCUAAAUAGACCCACCACAAUAAUAAAAAAUUAGAAGAGAGGAAGAGGUAAAGCAUUAGUCUCUCUACACUAGUAUUUUGGUUUUAUUUUGUAUUUCAAAAUGCUUGUGGAAUACACAUAUUACCUUAGCUGGAAAAAAAAAAAAAAAGAAAAAAAAAUAUUUUAAUAAGAAAGCAAAAGUAAGUCAGAAAUGUCCAAAA